CCCACAACAGGUGCUCUCAGCAGCUGGCAGUGAUUGGUUCGUCAAUUAAGCGGCGUUGCGGAGUGUAUGUAAGGCGGAUCGACACAAACUGACGAUCUUCGAGAUUAUCUUUAUCAACAAUUUUACAAAAGCACAUACCUAAAGUUGGUUGAUCACCACAGGUGUGAUGCCUUGGAAAAAUCACAUGUUGUACGUCUUAGUGACGGUGACUCUAACGUCUUUAAGGGAUUGUAAUGGACAAGCUGUUGAUACAGAGGUUGUGCAAAGGCCUCCGUUACAAGGCAGGCUUCAGUUCAGGAGUGUGGUACCUGAUGAAAAACAUGAAGCCGUGACUCCAAGUCGACACGGAUCCCUCUCCUUCAAGUCUGACACAGAGGGGGAUCAAUCGACUCCUGUGCACAGUUUGAUAGAUGCAAAACUAAAACGCCUGGAUCCAUCAGUACACUGCAGCAACAACUCAAUGACUCUGAGGGUCAAACGGGUCAAAGCUCCUCAUUUUCUCGUGAAUAGUGGAGUGGGACCUCUUACUCCUCUGUCCCAGAUGCCCUCCAGCUGUGGCUUCUCUGUGAAGAGGUCCCGCAGAGAUGUGCGUUUUGCUGCACCUUACCAGGGCUGCCACGUUACCCAACAGGGUGGUGAUUAUGUUCUGCCACUGCUUUUACUGGGGGCACCAAUGACAAUAUCAUGCCCUGCUGUGUUACAACCACCCUCUGUUUCCUGCUUCUCAUCUGGAAUGGUAGUGAAUAUCGGGGGUAUCACAGCAAAUGAACUCAAAGUAAAGGUGUCUGGUGUUUGGACGUCUCUUUCAUCGGUCUGUGGCAGUUGUGGUUUUGCUGUUGAAGUGUUUUCUGGAGGACUGACGCUCACUGCGCCCUACAACAGAGGCUUGUGCAUAGAGAUUAAGGAUGAGGAGUAUUUGCUCUCACUGCUGUUGGAGGAUGUUGAGCUCUCAGUCUCAUGCCCCUUAUUGCCAGACAGUAAGCCCACCACAGCAACAACUGCGCCUCCUAGUGAUGGUGGUCAGGUCCUGCAGUAUCCUCGGUUCCCCCAGUUUGCAAUGUUUCCACAAUACCCAGUUCUCCCUGUGCCCACCCCUCCAGCACACACCCCUGCUCCUACCACAACUACAGCGGCACCGCUGCCCCAACAACCACAGCCUCCCUCAGGUUUUAACGCUGAAAACCAAGAGGCGUCUGCAGCUCAUUACCCUUCAUUCCCAUUCAUGCCACAAUACCCACAGUUCCCUCAGUAUGUCUUGUAUCACAGACCUGUUCCACCAACGCAGUCUACCACUGAUAAAAACACUGCUGCUCCCCCGGGCCAGUUACCUCAGAUGCCACAGUCUCAGCAUAAUGGGAAGCCUCAUGCUCCCCAGCAGCCACAGUUCCCGAUGCCACCUCAGUAUUACGUCCUGCCGUUCCCUAAACUCCCACUGCCUCAAGAAGGCCAACCCCAAACUGUUCAAAAUCCCAAACCUGUAGUCCAGCAGCCCAAACCAGAACAUGUGUAUCCUCAGACCUACCAGAUCCCUGUGUUGUAUCCUCUGCCAAAGUACCCCUCUCAAAGACAGACUACUGCUCCUACCACUGCCCCAACAACCAGUGCAGCCAUUGCUCAGAAGCCUGCUGCUCAAAAGCCAUUUUAUUACCCACACCCUUACAUACCAGUAUAUUACGCUCAGCAGGCUCCCGUGCCUGUAUUUCCUGAUCAACCAACCACGCCUCUCACGAACCAAGCUCCAUUUGAUCAACAGAAACAUCAGCCAAACUACCACACCAUGCCUUCAUUUUACAAUUUCCCUUCUCAUCAGAGGCAGCAAUCAGUUGUAAGAAACUGGUAAAGGUAGCCUGCAGCUGACGGGCCCCCGGGAGCAUCACAGACUCUCCCUCAUACAUUUUGAUGAACCUCACUGAUUUGGCUAGCAGAGCUGUAACAAACUCCCAUAAGGAUCAGCUCCCACUGAAUGGAAAUCGAUCACUAAAUUGCUACAGGGCAAGCAAUGGAGUUUCUUGUAAUGCAUUUAGCAGGAGGGAUCCAAAAUGUACAUUUUCUUGAGGGUGGGAAAAUAAAGGGCGAGAUUAUCCACGCAAUCAGUCUGACUUUGUUUUCUUUAUGUCUAUCGUAUUAUAUUGUAGUCUAGAAACUACCUCAAUAGUCACCCAAUUAUUUUUGUAAUUAAUUUAUAAUUGUUUGGUGUCCAAAAUGUCCGAAAA